GCGCCAGCUGGUACUGCACCUUCUAAACGAGGAGCUCAUUAUCCUUCAACGCUGCCGAUUUUUAGACCAUGGCUCGACGACAAAGCUUUUGAGAUACAGGAAUGAACGUAUUAAAUAUCAUCAUGCCUAAGAAAUUCGUCGGUGAGAAUAGCAAGGCUGUCGCAGCCAGAGCUAGAAAAGCUGCUGCCAAGGAAGCUGAAAAUACAAAGAAAGCUUUGGAAGCUGAAGAGAAAGCUUGGCAAGAUGACGACAAACAAGUAUUAAAGAAGAAACAGAAACAGGAGGAACUAGAGAAGAAAAGACAGCAACAAUUAGAAAAGAAGGCUGAAGUGAAAGCUCUACUAGAAAAAGAAAUGGCGACUAUAAAAGUAGGAGGCAAACAACCUACUGCCAAGAUUACAAAGGCUGAAAUAAUGGCGGCUAUGGAGAAGCGCAAUCAAGCUACAAAAAGUGAGAAAAAGAAGGAAGAAGAAAAACCGAUAGAAGAAAAUUUGAAUAGGAUUGUUAUCGAAGGGGAAAGUGCACAUGGUAUAGACGAGGCAUUAUCCAUUUUAAGCGUGAAAGAUUCGGAAGUUGAUCGUCAUCCCGAGAAACGUAUGAAAGCUGCUUAUGCAAGUUUUGAAGAGAAAAUGAUGCCUAUUAUUAAGGAACAAAAUCCUACUUUGAGGCUCAGUCAAUUGAAACAGAUUUUGAAAAAGGAGUGGAUGAAAUCACCUGAAAAUCCACUCAAUCAAAAGCUUUUUAAUAAUUGAUAUUAGUAUCUUCAUCGAUAGUCUGCGUUCUUUCACAUGACUGAAUAUAACUUUCUUAUCUUAAAUGUCCGAAAAAGAAAAAAAAAAAAAAGAAAAGAAAAGAAAAAGAAGUAAUAUGUGUAAGUAUAACAGAUAAAAUUGGUUCACAGUUUUAUUGUAAACGAAUAAGUUAUAUUCCAAAAUGCUAUAGGAUAUAAAAAAUUAACAUAAUAUAAAACAUCUUUGGUGCAACUUAUGCGCGAAUCUAUAAUAGCCUCCGUUCGGUAUCUUAAAUCUUUGCUUAUUGACAGAGAGACCUUUGUCGAAGUUUACGGAAAGAUUCUAACAAAAUAUCUUAACAUAUAUAUGUUUUGGCACAUUUAUCAUGCUGUAGGUGUAGAAGAAGUAUUUUUACAAUUUCGCAAUUGUCGUAUCAUUCGAUGAGAAGUAAUAAAAGCAUCACAAAGUAGAGCUCGAAAAAGAGGUUUCAGUUUUAUCAGAAAUCUGUCCUCUUACACAAACUAAGAUUUUUUUCGAAAAUGUAAAAUUAGCUAUAGUAGAAACAACAACGCACGUGAAACUUUUCUAUGUAUGUAUGUAUGUAUGUAUGUAUGUAUGUAUGUAUGUAUGUAUGUACACUUUAAAUAUUUAAUCAAAAGGAAAAUUAUAAAAAGGGAAAGAGGACUAUUGAUAUCUUUUAUCUAAUUUUUAUCUAAUUUUUCAUCUAACUACGAGCUUGAUACCCGUAAAAGAACUUGAUAUUUCAGCACGACCAUUGCUUACUCGAGAUUAUAUUCUCUGCUGGAACUAACAAUAUCGAAAUACUAAUAUUGCUACCAGUUCUUGUUCUUCCAUAAAUCUAUGAAACAGUGAAUCAUAUGAUUCAGUUGAUCAGGACAAUCCGUCAUGGGUGUGUGCCCUGCACUUGGAAUAGCUUCGAGGAAAGCCUUCAGCAUAGUCUAAAAAAAGAACAAACAAAUAGAAGAAAGAAGUAAAGAAUAGUAAAGAUGU